GAUGCUUUGCAUCAGUUCGACCUGGUGAGCGCAGACUAAACGUUCGAGUUGAGCGGUUAAAUAGGUGCAAGUAUCCUAACAUAGUAGUAGCACAAAAAAUUUGUAUAAAAUCCUCAGUCAAGUGAAAGUAACCAGUAACUUUGCACGCAGCAUUCAAUAUAACACGGUAACAAACGAAAGCACGCUGGCGGUCCGGAAAGGAAUUUCAUAUUUUGCACGAGAAACUUGUUGACUAUCUGCAUUGUCUACAAUAAAGUUAACUAUUGCUGUUGUUGUUGCUGUUGCUGCUGGUUUUCAAUGUUGGCAUAGAAAUUUUCACUCGACAUUUCACACAAGUCGCCAACAUAUGGCAGCUUUUGUGCCAGCAUCACUGUAUGACAAUAUGCAAAACGCUUAUCGCCAACUUAGCCGUAAUGAGGCAGCAGCUGUUGAAUGGUGGGCCCAUUAUCAUGGCAUGCAAUGUACAACAGCAACAGCAGCAAGGCGAACAGCACAACUCAUUAAGGCAACAAUGUAUUAGGCCACAGCAAGAGCAACAGCAACAACAAGCACAAUCAACAACACUGCAAGACGACCAUCAAGAACAAGAACAAUCUCUGCAACAACAACAAGCGAUAGAGCAGCAUCAAGUCAGGGCAGAAUGGCAGCAAUUGCCGCAGCAGCAGCAGCAAGAGCCGACGAUGCAACGGCGGCAGCAGCAGCAACAACAGCAGCCAACCAGCAGCUGGCGUUGCUCGUUGCAAGCAACAAUUAAUUGGUUGCAUCGUCCGGCUACAAGCGUCACGUUGAUGUUGCAAUUGCUGUUGUUGUUGUCGAUAAAUACAGCGGCACGUGGUGAAGGCAAUGUCGGUUGCCAAUUUGUGCGAACACUUUGCCUUCAGGGGAGCGAGGUCUGUUUUGAUGAUAACAUCUUUGGAAAAUGUAUACCAACAACUGGCGUAGAUGUGGAGGACAUUGAAAAGACACCGCUCACCGAGGAGCAAUCUCGUACACUGGCCACUAUGUUGGAGGAGUUGCAGGGCGCCGGACUCGGCUGGGAUCAUCCCUAUGUACAAUGCCGUAUACAAGGAACACUCUACUCACUACAGAAACAGACCCAACUACCACCGAAUCUUUGCGCAAAUUUGGCACCCACACCUACCGAUAUCGAUCCUGCCGGCGCUAUGGCUUUCGUACGCUUCACACCACCCGAACAAGAAUAUGUGGAUGGUGGAUAUUUCUAUCCGCCACUGAAAAAGCAACAGAGAACACAACAACGGAAUGAAGAUGCAAAUAGUCUCAACAGCAUUUUGCAUCAAUUGCAGCUGCAGGACCAACGUCAACUGCGGCACGAUCCGCUAGAACUGGCAUAUUUCGAAAAAUCAGAUGCACAAGAGCCACCACAACUCACACCGAAUAUAAUGGAGACCUAUUUAGAGAACGAACGUGCACGCAUACAACGCGAACAACUGGAGCAAGCAGCGGAGUUGGAGGCGGCACAGGAAAAUGCAAUGCGUAAUCGUUUAGAACUCUAUCAGAUGUUGGCAGCCUCAGAACCAGAUCCGCAACCGUAUCAACGUAAACCGAGUAGCGCGAUUGAAAAAUUGGAACAAGUGGUGGAGCGCGAACGUGAGGCAGCGGCGCGUGUGCUACCAUCUACGCAGCAACAACCAGUUAUUGUACCGGAUGAACUGUCUAAUGAUUCCAACGAAUUGUAUUUCCCUGAACGCUUCAGCUCUUUCAAGCGUAUUUCGAACAAAGCGGCAAUGAAAGCUAAAGCUAAGCCGGUGCAACGUUCAUUCUUUCGUGAGUUGGCCGCAGAGCAAGGCUUGCCGCAGGAACCGUUAUUAAAUAGUGACUUCACGGCAAAUGCGAUUGAUGAAACUGACCAAAUGUUGUUGCCAACCUACAAACGUACGAGUGCAAACGAUUUUGCCAACGAGUCCGAACGCAAGCAAUUGGCUUUCGAGGAAAGUCUCAUUCGCAACUCUUUGACACCAUUCGAAGAGGAAGCGAUGCUUUCCUCGAAUACUUAUGCGCGUAAUGCACAAAAACCGCGACCAGUCUUUACCGAGGGUGGUCUCGUCUAUGUGUCUGAGGAUGAGGAGGAGGUACGCAAAGCCAAGGCACGUGAGUUGCUCGAAAGCAUGUUUGGAUUCACACGACACGAACGUUUAGAUGUGAAGAAGCCGGGUCCAUUAAUCGGACCGCCGCCAAAUGCUGUGGAAUCAAAGGAUACGCAAAAUAAAACCGAAGCCGUAAAUGCUGGCAAUAAGGAAGUGCUGCCGGCGCAUAUUAAAGGCAGUAAAGAGGGCAGUAAGAAGAAGAAAGUGCUGAAGGAUCAUUCCGAUGAAGAUCAUGCUCCGCACACAGUCGACACCGAAUAUGCGCAUGUGUUCGUAAAGAACCCUAUCGAUAGCUGGAGUGACGGUGUGCGGAUCAUGAACGAAUUGGCCAAUAUACUACAUAUGCAAGGAUACUUUACCUAUUUAACCGUUCAACCGCACGAAGUCUCUUUCCGGGUGGACUCAAACAACCCGGAGCACAAGACCGCCGCUGACAUAGCGCGCGCCAUCAACGACAAUCGCGGCGUCAAGAAUAAUAUACUACGACGUCUGGGCUUCACCGUACUACACGCGGGUGUGGGCGAUAAGAUCAAAGACGAUACGGAUGGCGUUUCGUCAUCGCGCAUUGAGCUCGCCGAACAAGGACCCGAUGUGACGCAUAUUAUGGCGUAUAUGUUCGCUGGUGCUGGCGCUGCUGCUGUGAUUGUGAUUUUCAUAACACUCAUCUUGAUAAAGCGACAUGACAAGAAACGCGACAAACUGGGUGGUUUACAAUCGGGCAUCGGUGGCGCAGAGAGUUGCAGCAAAGACUAUCAGGAUCUGUGCCGUGCGCGCAUGGCCGGCAAGAGUAGCGCACCCGAACCGGUGGCAAGUGGUCGCAUAACAUCGCUAAGCAAGGAAAACGAUCGACCGCCAUCAUCACGAUCGAGCACCUCAUCGUGGAGUGAGGAACCGGCGCUAACCAAUAUGGAUAUCUCUACUGGGCAUAUGGUUUUGUCUUACAUGGAGGAUCAUUUACGUAAUAAGGGCCGCCUACAACGGGAAUGGGAGGCUUUGUGCCGCUAUGAAGCCGAACCGAGUGCACGCGAUGCCGCACAACAACCGCAGUGCGCUAACUUGAAUAGACCAGGCGCUCCAUUACCUUAUGAUCACUCGCGUGUAGUGCUCAAUCACUUGGCCAACGCUGAGGGAUUGGAUUACAUCAAUGCUUCGACUAUUACCGAUCACGAUCCACGUGCUCCGGCAUACGUCGCCGCUCAAGGACCAUUACCCACGACCCUGGCACAUUUCUGGCAAAUGAUUUGGGAACAAGGUGCCGUUGUUAUUGUUUCACUGUGUCGCUUACAAGAGAAUGGCGAAAUCGCUUGUGCACGCUAUUGGCCGGAGGAGGGUGCUGAGGUUUAUCACAUCUACGAGGUUCACUUGGUCAGCGAGCACAUUUGGUGUGAUGAUUACUUAGUACGCUCUUUCUAUUUGAAAAAUUUGCGAACCAGCGAAACACGAACUGUGACACAAUUCCAUUUCCUCUCUUGGCCACAAGGUGGAGUACCGGCGCAAGCUAAGGCGUUAUUGGACUUCAGAAGAAAAGUAAACAAGUCCUAUCGCGGCCGCUCCUGCCCCAUUGUGGUGCAUGGCAGCGCCGGCGCCGGCCGUACUGGCGCCUACAUACUGCUCGAUCUGGUGUUGGGACGCAUGAAUAAGGGAGCACGUGAAAUCGAUAUCGCCGCCACAUUGGAACACUUGCGCGAUCAACGUGCUGGCCUCGUUGCCACACGACAACAAUUCGAAUUCGUGUUGAUGGCCGUGGCCGAAGAGGUGCAUGCGAUACUGAAGGCGCUACCGGCAAAUCAAUCGAAUGAGAAACGUGAACUGGAGGCAAAAGAAACAACAACCGGCACACUAAAGGAAGAGGAAGCGGGUAGUGAAGAGGCGGCGGUAGUGGCAACAACAUCCAAAGCGACGAAGGAGACAGCGGUCAAGCCAACAACUGCGGCAGCGACAGCAACAGCAACAACAACUGGCGCAAAAGAGAAAGGAGAACAACAACAACAGCAGAAGAAUGGCGGUGGCGAGAAAGAGCGCGAGAAGGCCGGCAAAGCGGAGACCAAGGAGCCGAAGGCUGCACCUGCAACGCCAGCAAAGACACAGGCCGCCACAACAGCAGCGGUAAAGAAAAAGUAAACGCGCUAAACGGCGGCGGCGGUGUGUGUUGAGUAGUGCGCGCGCAUGCUGCGAGCGUGCGACGGAGCGGUUGUUUAUUUAUGCAAAUUUUCUUUUUACACUGUGAAAGGUGUUGGUUACUUAGAAGCAAGCGUUUAUAAUGAUAUGGUUUAUAUGUAGACUAACAGUUAGUGUUAUAUUUUUCGUAAUUACAGUUAAUUUAUAGGCGCGUGGUAUGCUGGCGUGUUCGAAACGGGCUAAAUUUGGUUGGCUAGAAGCGGGAUUUUUUCCAUAAAUUUUUAAGCUAUCGAAAUUUUUUUGUUUUCAUUUCAUAUAAAAUACAAUUAUAAUGUUAAAUUGUUUCCGUAAACUGUGCGUAAAACAAGUUGUAUGCCAAUUUAAUUAAAUUUAAUUAAUAAUAAAAAUAUAAACACACACCCAAACACUUGAGUUCAGUGUGUCGCGCCGGCGCUGCACUUUGCUGUCCGAUUAACGCGUCGCUGCUUCAACAAAAAUCAUUACAAUCCAGCCCAUUGGAGCGGUACGUCUUAUGAGAGUAAAUGGCGCAUGCGUGACCAACAAACUGAACGUCACACACACACAUAUACAUAUAUAUAAAUACACGCUUAAUUAAAGCCAUAAUAAAAUGCGUUUAGAUUUAGACCGCAAGCAACAAACCAUAAACAAUUAUUUAUUAAAUAUUAAGCAAAUACAAAAUAUUGUUAAACAUAUGUAAAGUUAUCAUACAAAUACAAGAAAUUAUAAAUGUUUAUUUGCAAAAUGGAGAAAAAAAACAAAACAAAACCAAAAUUUAAUAAUUAAUUAUAUAUAUAUCUGAGUAUAUGCUACUGUGCAACACAUAACUGUAUUAUCGAUGUGCAUGGUCAACUAUUUGAAAUAACCGCGUAUAUAUGUACAAGAAAAUGCACUAACAACAACAAAAACAAGUUUUUCAACUAACAUUCCUGCUAUAAAGAACAACACAGCCAACUCCAAGACAUUACCGUUAGCAAAUAAUUUUUAUCCUUACUUGUACACCAUAAUUCUUUUAAAUGUUAACUCUUACUACAACAACAACAUACAUGUCUAAGUGUUAUUUGUAAAUUUUUAGCAAAAAUGCAAUUAUAUUUUUUUGUGAUGUGCAAAAAAUAUUUGAAAAAUCUCUUUACACAUGAACCUAGUGGUUAUUUACAACUACAAAGUGUAUAUGUUUCAAUGUCUUCUCAAUACGAUAAAUACAUACAUACAUAUAACAAAUGUCAUACAUAUAUCAGUGUAAUGUGUACCUUACUACAUACAAAAACAAAUAUCAAAACUAUUCAAAUAUUUAUGUGCAAAAACAAAUAUUUACACAAUGUAUUAACCUUAAAAGCAUAUUUACAAAUACUUAAAGUAACCUUAUAUAUAUGCAUAUAAAUAUAAAUAUAUAUUUACAAAAAAAAAACACACACUCCAAUAUUAUGUAUGUAUAAUUGAAAAUACCACAUCAGAUGCAUUCCGCGCUAAAGUUGUUAUCAGAAAUAUAUAUUUUUAUGUUACUUAAAUUAUUUGUGUGUAUAAAUAUGUACAUAUUUCAACUAAAUAUAUAACUACUUAAAACCAAAAACUUUCGAUGUAAUGUAAGCUUUCAAGCACAAAAGCAAAAUCAUAGCUAACUGUAAAAUCACAAAUUAGCACAAGAGCUUAUAAUAAACAAAAGCACACAAAAUUUUAAAUGUCAAGUCAGGUGGAAGCUUUCAUCAAUAAUUAAAAAACAAAUAAUUGAAAAACAAGUGGAAGCUUUCAGCAAUAAUUGAAAAACAAGUAGAAGCUUUCAACAAUAAUUAAAAAAAUAAGUGAAAGCUUUCAUCAAAAAUUGAAAAAGAAGUGAAAGCUUUCAACAAUAAUGGAAAAAAAGUAGAAGCUUUCAACUUCAAUUAAAAAAACAAGUGAAAGCUUUCAUCAAUAAUUGAAAAAUAAGUGGAAGCUUUCAGCAAUAAUUGAAAAACAAGCUUUGAACAAUAGUUCAAUGCAAGAAAAAAUGUAACAGGUUUAACGGCACAAGCACAAGCUUUCACUUAUAAGUAAGUAAGUGUAAGCACUUGAAUGUGUGAGUUUUAGCGAAAACUGUGUUAGUUUUCAUAUCUAUUUUGCAAGCUUUCGCUAGAAAGACUAAGCUUUCAUAGAAAAAAAGCAGUAUUUCACUAUUUCGCUAGAACCAUAUUAAGCUUUCACUGCAAAAAUACAAAAUUUCACUGUUAAAAGCAUGUUAGCGUAGAAAAAUAAAGUGUGAAUGCAUAAUAUUAAACUUUCACAAACAACUUGGAGCUUUCACAAGCAAACAUAAACAGUCGCCAACAAGGUUGGAGCUGUCACACAAUAUUGGAGCUUUCAUACGUUAAUUAAAACUUUCACACGCAAAGUUUCAAAUUAAUUUGGAAAUUUUGUGGGCAAGUUAGAGCUUUCACAUAGCUUUGAAGCUUUCACGUGCCAUUUGAAGCUUUAACACGCAAGUUGAAGCUUUUAUAUGCAAGUUGAAACUUUCAUUUAAAGAUGAAAAGCUUACAGCCGUAAAUUGAAGCUUUCAGUUAAUGGUUAAAGGUUUCACACGCACAUUGAAACUUUUAAACGCAAAUUGAAGCUUUCAUGGUUAAAAGCUUUCACACGAAAUUUGAAGUUUUCACACGCAAUUUACAGCUUUCACGCGCAAGUUGAAGCUUUCGUCUAAAUUUCUAAAGCAUUCACGCGCACAUGGUAACUUUCGCUAACACUUUUAAAGCUUCAUUGAAAAAAUUUUGAGCUUACACGAAUUAAAUAGAGCUUUCACCAGACAUAAUGUGCUUGCAUUUUUUAUUCAAAAAAUCAUCUUAAAACUUUAAAAUAUUUACUGUAUGAAUGUUGAUUUGUUAUGUACACCUGCGUCGCGCUUAAAAGCUUAACUACUUAUGUGUAAACGUUUUCUGUAUUUCCAUACAUAAUAUAUAUGUACAUACAUAUAUAUAGAUAUACUUUACACAUAUACAUGGAAUAGGUGCACAUACAGGUAUAUAACACAUAAGAUCACUUAUUUAUUGGAAAACCAAGAGCAACCAUUUUCGAAAGCUUCGUUGCACACACACAAACACCCUUCAAAAUUUCAUUAUUUGCAAAAUUUCUAUAUAAUACAAUUUUACUUAACUUUUCUACGAGGGCAGCUAAAAAUUGUAGAAUUUUGCAAAUUCGUUAUUUUGAAGUGCUUAAAAAGCAUUGAAGCACAAGCUUUUAUAAUUGAAAAAAGCACAAUGAAAAGAAUAUAAUAAAAAUCAAAUAUAAAAACUGCACAAAAGCAAACAAGAGCUUACAACAAACUUGUUGCAUAGCAAUGCACUUAAAAUAUCACAAAAAUUUUGAAAGAUUAGACGUCAAAAAUAUAAAUUGAAACUUUUGAAAGCAGAAAAUGUUAGCAUCAUUAAAGAGCUAAUACAUACCAAUGCUGCUAUGUCAAGAGCGAAAAAAUAAAACAUUAUAAUUGUAAGCGAUUUUCAUUGGCAUAGAUUGGCAUGAGAAUCAUUGAUUUCGUAUGUAUGUGAAAGCUUUCAGCAAGCUUUCAUAAUUCCGCAAAAGAAAAAUGUUAAAGCGCACAAUUGAAAGAUACUAAAGGCAUGGAUAGAUAGUGAAAUGAAGUGUGAAGCCGAAAAAGGAAAUGUCAUGAAAGCACAAAAAGCUUUCGGACGGCUAUUUUAAAGUACAUGAAUUUGGAAGCAAUGUUAAGAUUAAAAGGUCUUAAAACGCACACAAUUUUUUAGAGGAUACGAAAACAGCAGUCACACAUAGGAGAAAAAAACACAAAAGAAACACUUUCAUCAACGACGAUUAUAAGCAAGUUAAUGCUUAAAGUUUUGAUAUUUUUUAAAAGUUUCUAAGCAUAUAUGCAUAUCUAACACAUACCCAUAAAUUUUUAGUGAAGAAAAGUAUUUUCAAUUACAGUUAUUUUAUGAUUUAAAACGCAAUUAUUUAAAAAGGCUGAGUUUUCAUUGGUUUUGUUUCAUUUACUACAUGUUUGUUCGCGCAACUUUUUUUUGUUGUCACUUGUAAUAGAAAAAUGAGUUACAUAACACAGCUGCUACAACACUUUGGUAAUAUUUUGCAUAUAGUACAAAUAUGUUUGCGCUUAGUGUCUUCGCGGAAUUGGGUUUGGAAGAGCAACAUGUAAACACCAACAAUUUAAGACGCUUAAACUGAGUUUGCGUCUUUGAACGUUAGAAAAGUUGUUUUAUUGAUUACGUUGGUCUAUGCUUUAAUGGUUCUGAAACGCAUUAAACACAUAUAAUACAAUCAUCUUAUACUUCCAUACAAAUCUCUCAGUAACACACAUAACAAUGGUACAAAAGACAAUACACCUCAUACACCGCACAACCGCAGUUGCUGUCACAGGCUUAACAAACUUGCGAAAUGUGCAGAGUUUUGCAAGUUUAGCGGCUUUGCUGACAGCAACAACAAAAACACAACGCAAAUCAUAUACAUAAAAAUUGAAAAAAAAACUUCAAUGUUAAAAAUCACGAAAAAAAUUAUAAAAAAAAAUUAAUGAAAGAAAUAAUAAAGUAAGGACGGUGAGAUGUUCUUUGAGCGCAAAUAAUUAUGAAAUAGUACAAAAAUCAGCAAAAAAAAUUGUUUAAGAUAAACUGAUGGAGCGUGUAAACAACAGUGAGUCAAAAUGGGAAAAUUUUGAAAUAAAAAAUAUUUGAUUUUUUUUUUUUAGUUCAACAUGACUUUAAAGAGAACAAUUCAGUUGGCUAGAAGUAGUUGAAAUUAAAUUCAGUUUUCGCGCAACAACAACUAAGACAACAAAAAUAGUGAAAUUUCAGUGAAAACCAGGAAUUUCAGAACUUUUUUUUUAAUUCUUUGCAUACAUAUAAUAUUUACAUACAAAAAUAGCAAUUUGCAAACUUCACUCAAAUUUUUUAAACCACAAAAUUGCAGUUUGCAUUGAAAACAUAAAUAAUGUGUGAAAUCACUGAAGUGAAAAUUUCAUGAAAACACAAAAAUUUUUAAAUAAAGUGAAAUUUCACGUCAAAUAACAACACAUCAUGGCAUAACAUUUAUAAAUAUGCAGCAUAGUUGAAGAUUACGCAUAAAAAAAAAUAAAAUUUUAAUUAUUAAUAAAAAAAGUAGAAAAAUUCUCACGUUUAAAUGAAGUUUACAUAAAAUUAUUCAAAUGUUACGCUGACAAUGGCGACAUAAAGUAAAAAGUAGUUUGCAUACUAGACAAAACCAAAAAACAAAAUAUAUAUAUAUAGCGUUCUCGAAAAUUGUUACUAAUCAUUAGCACAAAAGUUAAAAAAAAAAGCAUUAAAUAUAAAUAUAUAUAUAUAUACAAAUAUAUACAGGUAAAAAGUUCGUUAAAUUUAUGCGCAAAAACAUGUUUGAAAACAGAAUUUAAAAAUCAUGCAUUACUAUAUAUAUAUAUAUAACUGAAAACAAAUACAUAUAUAUAUAUAUACUAUAGAGAACUUACGCUCUACUAAGCUUAAGCAUUAACUGACUUAAACUUACUUUUCCUCAGUUGUAAAGCAUUUUUUGAGUUCACACUCGUUUCGGUUUGAGUUUUUUCUUGGUGAGAAACUCAAACAACAAAAACAUUACACUUGAAACAGCAAUUAAAAGCAAAAAUACACACGUUUUUUCUCGCAAACAAACUAUUUAUAUUAAAAACAAUAUUACAAUAACUGUGGCGAUCUCGAAACACCAUCACCAACUGAGAUCCCAAAAAAAUAAUUAAUAAAGUUUAAAGAAAAAAAAAACAAAAUAACAAAAAUGUGGUAGAACUAAAUUUAAGUUAUUUCAAAGAAAAGAAAAAAAAAACACUUAAAUUAAAUAAAAAUAAUAAAAACAUAUAUAGCAAGCAUUAAAAGAAAAAAAGAAUUUUCACAAAAUUUCAAUGUCGUUUCAUGAAACGUUGAAAGUUCAUAAAUUGUAAAAAAUAAAUUCUCGAAAUAAAAAUUAAAAAUUUAUAGUCAACAAAGCAUAUUUAGUAGUGAAAUCAGCAGAAUUUUUCAACAUGCAUUAGCAAACAUAAACAUUAAAAAUAAAAAUAUAUAUGUAAAUAUGCAUAAAAAUCGAAAAUACAUAUAUACAUUAUAUAUAUAUGUGUGUAAUUCAAAAGUAUACGUACAUAAGUUUCAUCAAUUCGAUUGAUUGUUGUAAUUAUUAACAAAUAAUGCUGUAAUACAGACAUAAUUCGCGAUAACACAGCGAAGUUCGAUUUUUGAGGGCCAAAACUGCAAGCAAGAAGAAGAAGCAUAUAUUUAGUAGCAUGAAAAAAGUUAAAUAAAACUCAAAAUUAUUGAGUGUAAUAGUAAAAUAAUUAAUUCAUUAAUAUUUACAUACAUACACAAACAUAAAAUAACUUGCAUUUCAAAAAAUAAUAAAAAAUAGUAAAAAGUAAUGCAAAAGCUUUUAAGUUCAAAAAUAUUUUCAAAAUUCUUUUAUGCUGCAUACAUUUUCAUGAUGGUGUAAAUUAAAAAAAAAUAUUUAUAUAACUUCAAAUAUCGCACAUUAUACAAACUGAAGGAAUUAUAAAAUCAACGACUUACGCUGAAAAACUUUUUCCAAGCUUUUUCGGAACCUUUCGAAUAUUUUUUUUUCAAGCUUAUGGAGAGAAAAGCUCAUGAAAGUGCAAAGCUUUUUCGAAGCAUUUUUGAAUCUUCUUCCAAGCUUUUGACGGAGAAACUAAUGAAAGCACCAAACUUUUUCCGAGCUUUUUCGAAACUUUUUUUCACGCUAAUGGAGCGCAAACCAACUGCGCUUUAAAUAAAUAAAAGAGCAGUAAAUGGAAAAUUACAAAAAAAAUGUAUUCAGAAACAAAAACUUCAAAAGCUUUUAAAAACUGCAAACCAAAACAAAUUAAAGGGAUAUGAGCUGUUAAGUAAAUAAAACCCAUAAAAAUAAACGGUCAUUUUGAAAAGCUGCGAAAUAUUAACGAACUAAAAAUUCGAUAUUGAUGAAAAAAGCCAAAAAAACAGAGAAAGCUCAUCAAAAUAUACGAAAGCUUCAUGAAAUCAAAUGCAAAAAUACAGCAAUUUGCAACAGAGCUCGAGAGUUCAACGUAUAAUAAGGGAAGCGUAUAAAAAAGGAAACAAAACAACAAAAAAAACCUUCGACCGAAAUAAGGCUUUUGCACCUUAUCGCUUUCAUCUACAAACAAAAAGUUUUACGAAACUAGCGUUUCAAAAUUAAAGAGAAAAUCGUGAAUUGAACUACAAGGACUCAAUCAAAUGGAUUUUCAAAAUAGAAAGCGCCUAAAUUCCGAAAGCUCUGCAGCAACUUAAAACUUAUGCAAGUGAGCUGCUAUGAACAACAAAAUAAAUUCGAGUACAAGGACUCUAUCAACUCGUUAGUUGAAAAUUCUCAAAGCAGCAACCGCAAAAGUUCCUAAAAUCCCAAAGCUCUGCAGCAACUUCAAAAUUACGCAAAUGAGCAGCUCUGAACAACAAAAAAACGGUCUAAAGCUGAAGCACAAGCAUCAUUCAUACCGAAGUUUAACAUGCUCUAAAAGCACAAAUCAUAUUGGAGCGCAUUAUCGACUUUUCCUCAAUUAAGGGAGCUUUAUUGUUUGUAAAAAAGCUUUGUGGAACUUACGCACAACAUUUCAAGGCGCUAAUUAUACUUUAGAGAGCAGCUAUAGAUAACUUUAAGACGGGAUUUCAGCAAAUGGAAAUUAACGGAAAAGCCGGAGAGCAGUCUUCAACAGGAGCAUUGUAUAAAACGAAGAAAAUAGCCCGAAAAUAGAGCAAAACUAUGCCUACAACAAAGAAAUACUGAAAUAAAACCAAACAAAGCAAAUAAUUUAUAAACUUCUACCUCGAUGGAUAAAUGGCGGAGAGGAGCGAACGGAGAGUGAGUGAGAGAGCGAAUAAAGUUGUGUGUAGUAGAGAAGAUAUGGUAUUAUAAGUUCCUAAAAAAUACACAACUUAUGACGAAACAGCGGACAGGGGACCAACGAACGGGGUAACGAACUAAAAAAAAUACAGUUAUAAACUACCGCGACUAUAAACUAGUGCACAAAACUGACCCUAUACUGCAGCGACCAGCGGGCGGGUGUACAGCAGGUGACAUAGUACAAAAACAAAUAUAUUUAAAUAGAAAAUAUGAAAAACCCCAAAAAAAAAUUAGUUUUAAGCAAGAGAAGGCGCAAAACAGCGAUCAAGGAAUAGUGGAAAAAAAUCAAAUAGAAAUGUUACCGGGGGUAUUUGAUAUAUGACAGGUGUGGUAGUAAUGGGAAUAUGUAAGAGGCAGCUGGAGCAAAAGGUCUGAGGUUUGCAAAACGAAAGAGUGGACAGCAAACAGAGACAAAGCUUACAAAAAAAAACAAACCAAACAACUUUCAAGCACAUAAACUGACUUUCCGACAGCUAAAAUAAAAAUAAAAACAAAAAACGGUUUCUGUAGCGUUGAGCUUUAAGGUGGAAGAGAGAGAGGGAGAAAAAGAGGGAGAAGAAGAGAGAGAGAAAGAGAGGGAUAGAGAAAGGGAGAGAGAGAUGAUCAGGGUGAGAUGAUCUUGUGAGGAGCGCACUGGAAGCCUAAUUGAAGUUAUAGCUAGCCACUUUUUAAAGUAUAGCACGCCUACUUUUCGACAAAAUAAAACUUUCUAGUGGAAAAUAAAAAAUCGUAUUUUAUUUAAAAACUAUAUAUUUUACUUGAUAUGUUUAAAACAACAAAAUUAUAGGCAAAAUUAGCAAAUUAUAUAUGGAUGUAACGUAUAAAUAUGUAUGAGUUUAAAAUAUGUGAAAUUAUAAAUAAAUAAAUAUAUGUGUACAUGUGAUGAAAAAAUAUAUUAUUUGAAAAAUAUACAUAAAACUAUAGAUAUAUAUAUAUAUAUUAAAUAAUUUAUUAAGCAAACAAAAUGACGUUCAACAAUUGUUAAAAGCUUACAUGUGUAGAAAAUAAUUAUUACGCAUUUAUUAAAAAUAUUUUAUUUCAAUUAAAUGUAGUAAACAUUGUUGUUGUAAUUAAAAUGAAAAUUUUUGAAAAACUAAUAAAAAUUAUUUAAGGAAAAGUUUUACGAUGAAAACGAAGAGCAAGUGGAGCGGUAGAGGUGAAACUAUAUAGAGGAGGAAGAGAUGUCACAGAUACUAUAUACAUAAAUCACUGCAUAGAAUAAGUUACAUAAGGCAUGAAAAUACAUAUAAACACACAUCAAAGAAGGUUACACAGUGUAACAAAAAAGUAGCAAACAGAAAUCACACAUACAGUAACACAAAACGUAUUAAAUUUGCAGCAAAAACAUAUGAAUACAUACAACAACACUUAUAUAAAAAAAUAUUUUUAGACAUAUAACGGUCUAAAAGUAUUUAGUAAAUAAAGGCUUUCAUGCAUUUUUGGUGUAACAACUGGUGACGGACAUAUGAAAAAUAAAAAAAAUUAUUUAAUAAAAAUUUAAAAAUAUAAAAAUGUUAAGAAAACUGCUGGAUUUUACAAGCUAAACUAGUUACAGCAAGUAAAUAUCGCAGCAAAAAAUAUAUAUAGACAUAUGUACCAAAGUUAUGUAUGUGAAAUAUUAAAAAAUAUUACUCUAGAUGUGUUGUAUUUAAAGCAAAAACAAAAACAAAAUAAAAUAUAUAUGUAUAUGUAUACGAAGAUACAAUGUUAAAUAUAUACAUGUUAAAAAGAAAUUUGAAAAAAAAUUGUUUUAAAUAAAUAUGAGCAAGAAAAAACUAUACUGGCUGAGUGCAGAGUUUGCGUGAGCGACAAACUAUGAAAAGAGUACAAUUUACAUAAUAUAUAUAUACAUAAAAAAAAAUCAAGCUGAUGAAAUGGUAGCUGACAGUGACAAGAGUAUACACACUUAACAUGCCACAAACAAAACACAAGAAAAAAAACUAUGAAACAUACAUACUUAACAUACAUACCUACGAAAAGAUUUUUUGCGAUAGAAAAGUAAUACAAAAUUUAUCGCAUAAUAGAUAAAAAAAAUAUAUUAAAAAUAAAACUAAAAUUAAAAAACAAAAAACUGAAAACUGAAAACCGAAAACCAAAAUAAAGAAAGAAAGCUGAAACAAGAGUUGCUUAGAAGGCAUAGCAGGCUAGCAGCAUAUUUAAAAAAUAAGUAUAAAAUAUAAAAAAGUAUAUUACAUACAAAUAAAUAUAUACACAUAUAUAUAUAAAUGUUAAAUAAAACAUGCUAAUUAAGCAGCAGAACAACAAAAAAAUGUUUUCAAUUCAAAAUAAAGCAGAAAAAUAAUUUUUACACAAAACAAAACUGUGGAGAAGCGGCAACAAUAAAAUACACAGUUAAAAAAAAAAAUACAACAACAAGCACUGAAAAUACACGCGCUAGUCAACUUCUAUUCCAAAAUUGCAAUAACAACAAUAACACAGUAAGAAAAAAGCAACAAGUCAGAUUUUUUCUAAAACAAAAAAAUAUCUACAUGGUGCUUUUUGAGGGAGGUGAACAGCAUAUACAACAACAUACCGGCAUUUAAAAGCACAAUUUUCCGCAGAAAGCACGAAAACAAGAACAAAAAAAAUAACAACAAAAAACAAGAAAAACAAAAUAUUAACAUGAAUAUAAAUACAAAUUUGCAAGCACAAACAAACAAUGCUAAGUGUGUAAAUUUAUAAAUAUGUAUGUAAGAAAUAGUAGAGGAAAAACAUUCAUUUUUUUUUUAUAAAAAUAAGGCGCAAAACAGAAAACCAAGAAACACAAGAGAAAAUUACAGAAAAUCACUAAAAGCAAAAGAAAUAUAAAACAAGGCAAGAAAAAACACUAAAAUAUAAAAUUACAACAAAAAAAAAUUAUAUGACAACAAAUACUAAAAUCACAACAAAAAUAAAAACAACAAAAAAUUAUAAACUAAACCAACAACUGUGACGAGAGAAACAGAAUUUUCCAUUGGUUGAGUGAAGGCGAAGCUAGUUUAGCAGGUUAAAAUCAACUUAGCGUAGACACAAACCAGGCGUAGUUGAGUUAAUAGAGAGCAUAAAGAUCAUUUACUCAAAAGACAAACAUCAUGAAUGAGUGAGUAAGCAAAGUAUGCACACGCACCAUAUAUGUAGAUAACGGCGAACGCGCGCAGCUACGCGCGACAAUUGAGCAAAUGAGCAAACAAAGUAUAAAAUCUAACGGCACAUACGAUUUCACUCAACAUAGACGCAAACCACAUAGCAUAUUGCACACUCGUUUCACUCACAAUACGCUUUCGUAUCACAGAACAUUGAAUUGAAACUGUAAAACAACGUGUAAAGUGAAAUAUGUAAAAAACACAUUUCACGAAAGGAGCUUUCUGAAAAAGCACAUCACAAAUUUUAAAGCUAAAAAGCACUUUUUCAUUAAAUUUAUGUUUAUUUUAUAAUUUUUGAAAACAAAUUUUUGAAAGCUUUUUUUUUUAUUUAGAAGCACUUUUGUGUUAUAAGCUUGGUUAUUAAAUUUUAAAUCAUAUUUAUAAUAUUUUUUUAAAUAUGAAGCAGGUUUAAUGUUAAAUUUUGCCAUAAAGUCUGUGGAAUUCUUACUUAAAAAUAUAUUAUUUGUUAGUUUUUGCACCUUUAGUUUCUAACUGAGUUAUUUCACUUUUUUUCUUUGAGUUACAAAAGCACUCAUUCGAAAUUUAUUAUACUUAUCUAUUUUUUAUUUUAUUUUUUAUUUUUAAGUUUUCAAUUUAAAACUUCUAAUUUUUCGUGUUAAAGUCUCAAAUACAAUAAAGAUUUUGUAAGCCUGUUUUGAAGUUUUUUUUUUCCUUUUGAGCUACUUUUUGAGUUACUAAAGCACUCAUUCAAUACUAUUUUUUUAUACAUAAUAAUAUUUAUACGAAGUUAAUUUUCCAAGCAAAAGUUGUAAACACAAAAAAAUUUGCAUCUUCAAUUUCAUUGAGUUCUAAAUAACACUUUGAGUGAAAUAAAAAAAAAACACUCAAAUUUUAUUAAAUUUUUUGAGUAUAUUUCUUUUACCUUUUUAUUUGUUGUUAAUAACAGCCAUAAUAUUCUUUGUUUUUUUUUUAACAUUGGGUAUGUGUUAGUAUUGAAAAUUUUGAUGAGUUGCGCAAAUAAGCGACUCAUUCGAUUUCUUAUGCUCAAAGUAAUUGAGUAAGAAAUGAGUUUUUCAAAUGCGUUUCAAAAUACACAAUUUGCUAUAAUUAAUACUUUAGCGAGUUUUUUUUUUAUUAAAAUAUCACACUCAAAACUUUUUACUUAAAAAAAAUCGUUUGAGCGCCUCGCAAGAAAAGCACUCAAUUCAUUUUUGAACAUUUGAGCACAUUAUAAUAACAAGAAACAUUUGAACAGAAAACAAUGGAAUUAAUAAUUUCCAUAUCUACUCACAUCUCUUACACAAAAAUCGUCUAAGUAUCCUCAUUCUCAAAAUAAUUGAGUAAAAAAUGAGUUUUUCAAAUGCGUUUCAAAAUACACAAUUUGCUAUGAUUUAUACAGUAUUGAUUUUUUUUAUUAAAAUAUCAUACUCAAAAUUUUUUACCUGUAAAAAAAAACUUCUUUUGAGUGCCUAGCAAAUAAAACACUCAAUUAAUUUUUAAAAAUUUAAGCACAUUAUGAUAACAAGAAAAAUUUGUCAAACAACAGAAUUAAUAUUUUUCACAAAAAGCGCCUAAAUAUCCUUACAAUUCCACUCAAACCUGCUGUUAUACACACAAAACAAAAACACUCAUAUUUCCUAAAGUACAUAAAAUGCACUCAAAAUUGAAAUUGUGUAUAUGUAUACGGUUAUUUCAAAAGCAGCAACAACAAAGGUGUCAUUUAAAGUUUAAUUAUUAAAAAGAAAGCUGUGCAAAAAUGCAAAAAUAUAUGUUAAAAAAAAUAUUUCAAAUAGUGGCAUGAAAAGUAUAUAAAAAUUUAAAUGAAAAAAUUUCGAAAUUAUGAAACCACAAACAAUCAAGCAUGCAUACAUUAUUUUAAAUCAAGAAAAAUUAUAAAAAUGCUAGCGAAAAUUUCUUAUCUAAAUGUAAAAAAUUAAAGAAUUUAAAUAUAAAAAAUAAACUUACAAUAAAUACUUGCAAAAAAGUUGUAAGAAAUUAAAAAAAUAUAAAUAUAUUAAAAUUACAUUACAACAAUAAUAGCAAGUAAAAAAUACAUCUUUAGAGCGGGUUUUGUAUUUUAAGAAUUUCGUUUACUUUCGCAUAAAUUUCUGUCAAACUUUUCGUCCAAACUCCCCACACUUUUGAGUUGAAAAUUCAGCGGAAAAAAUUUCACAGGCGAAAAUGCUAACAUUUGUCGUAGAAACUAAGCAAAAAAUACACAACUUACAUAGGAGAGUUUAUCGACAACAGUUAAGCAAUUAGCAAAACGCAAAAAUUAAAAUCUAUGUACUUAAAUGUCAACAAUUUUGAAGCCAACUUUUGAAUAAAAAAAAAUUAAAAAACAACUUUAAAAAUCCAAUUUCCAAGAAAGAUAUGCGAAAAGAAGCUAUCAACAUUACCAAAUAUAAACAUAAAUUAAAAAGUACUAUUAAUACAUAUAUGUAUGUAUAUCUAUUAUAUGUAUAUUGUAAAUGUAUGUAUUUAUUAUUAAACUGAAACCAAAAAAAAACUGCAAAAAUUCAAUUAUCUUUGUGCAAUUGUUAAUUUUCUAAUUCAAGCAUUGAGCUACACACAAACUUAUUAUAUAUUUACAUAUAUACAUAUAAAGAAAUUUAAACACAAGCGAAAAUACUUUUACUUAUACUAUGUAUGUAUAUGUACAAAAUAUAUAUAUGUAUCCAUAUAAAUAUGUAUGUAUAUUAUAUGAAUAACCCAAAGUGUAUAUUUAUGCAUAUGCAACAAAUGAAAAAACCAAAAACUUGCACUCUUCUUUCUUUCAACAUAUAUAUGUACAUAUGUAUGUAAUUAAACGCUCGAUACUUGAGUACUUCUGUCCAUACUAAAACAAACAUAAUGCAAACUUGUUUAAUCGAUAAAUUUUGUUAACGUUUUUGUUGCCAUUUAUUAUUUGAUGUCUCGCACUUUUCUUACAUUUUUACUAAUUUCGAAAUAUUUGAAGUAAAGCUUAAAAAUAAUGAUUAUGAAGGAAUGGAAAAGACUUGAAGAAAACAAAAACAAAACAAAAAAACUAAAAAAACAAAAAAACUAAAAAAAAAACAUAAAAAAAUAUUUCUUUCUGUGCAUUA